GGGAUAGUGGCAGUCAUGGCGCCACCCGUGAGGUACUGCAUCCCAGGCGAACGUCUGUGUAACUUGGAGGAGGGCAGCCCAGGCAGCGGCACCUACACCCGGCACGGCUACAUCUUUUCGUCGCUUGCUGGCUGCAUGACGAAGAGCAGCGAGAACGGCGCGCUUCCUGUUGUAUCUGUGAUGAGAGAAACAGAAUCCCAGUUACUGCCAGAUGUGGGAGCUAUUGUAACCUGUAAGGUCUCUAGCAUCAAUUCACGCUUUGCCAAAGUACACAUCCUGUAUGUGGGAUCCACACCACUGAAGAACUCUUUUCGAGGAACUAUCCGCAAGGAAGAUGUCCGAGCCACUGAAAAAGACAAGGUUGAAAUUUAUAAGAGUUUUCGCCCAGGUGACAUUGUCUUGGCCAAAGUGAUCUCCUUAGGUGAUGCACAAUCCAACUACCUCCUGACCACUGCUGAAAAUGAACUAGGGGUAGUGGUGGCCCACAGUGAAUCAGGUGUUCAGAUGGUUCCCAUCAGCUGGUGUGAGAUGCAGUGCCCUAAGACCCACACUAAAGAAUUCCGGAAAGUGGCCCGUGUGCAGCCCGAGUUCUUGCAGACCUAAGAAACUACAUUUACCCCAAGGAGGGGGUUUUUUCUUUUACAGUGCUGCAGAGAAUACACCUAUAUCUUUGUGCAUGCCUGAUUGUUUUACAAAACAGAUUUCUGAAAGUGAGAUGCUGGGUCAAAGAAUACGCAUUUUCAGUUUUGGUUAGAUUUUCCCUAUUGUUUGCAGAAGAGUGCUACCAAUUGAUUCUUUCAACAACAGUGUUAGCAAUUUUAUUUAUCUUGGAACUUCACGGUGACCCUGAAAAGCAGCAAUUAUUUCGAUUUUACAGAGGCUUAGAAAAAUUAACUUGCCCUAAGUCACACAGACAUCAAGUGGCAGAGCAUUAUUCAAACCCAGGUCUGUCUUACUGUAAAGCCCAGAUUUUCUUAUGUAAAAUGCUGCCUGUUUUCCAAGCAUCGAACAUAACCUUGGACAUGCAAUUAGAGGCUUUCUGAAUUGACAGUGCUUCAUUAAUUAUGAGUGUUUGUUGUACAUCGUUUAUUUAUUUAACGAAUACAUAUUGAGCAACUACUCUUCCCACCACUGCACUAUUCGUGGAACUAGGGGGAAAACAGUGAGUAUGAUAGAAUCCUUUCCUUGUGGAGCUUACAUUCCAGUGGGGGCAAGACAGAUACUAAGUAGACAAAGAAAUGUUAUAUUUGAAGUAAUUGUUAUGAUAGCCUUCUCUGAUCUAGUGCAGACUAGGUUAGCUGUUCUCAUCCUUAACCAUUCACUGGUGUAUUACAAGUUAGUUAUGUGCCUGUCUCCCCUACCAGCCUGAGCUUUUGGGGAAAGAUUCUCUUAACUACCUUUGCAUCCCCAGUUCCUGGUACUGUGACUAACACAUAGCAAAUACUCAAUAAAAAAUGUUGGCGUGGUCCUGGCUUG